AAUGGAGGCAGAAGGCUGUUAUGUCUCUGAACUGCGUUAAUUACUUGUGUGGACAAAGCCUGGGAAGACUGCUUGCUUUGUUCAUCUGUUCAUGCAGGAUGGCCUGGAUCAGAUCCCUGCCAUCGGGUAAUGGAGGGAGCCAAAGCUGAGUGUGUGGCAGGUGAUGGGAAGGAGAAGCCUGAUGGAACAGAGGUGGUUCACCUGAGGAGAACGAUCGGCCUUCUGCCAGCCAUCUCCUUCAUCUUUGGCACUGUGGUGGGCAGUGGCAUCUUCAUUGCGCCCAAAGGGGUUUUAAUGAACAGUGGCAGUGUGGGGGUCUCCCUUUUGGUAUGGGCACUGUGUGGAGUUCUUUCAACAUUUGGGGCCCUUUGUUAUGCUGAGCUCGGUACAACCUUCAAGAAGUCUGGAGGGCAUUAUACCUACUUACUGGAGACCCUCGGGCCUCUGCCUGCCUUCCUUAGACUCUGGGCAGAAUUCAUUUUCAUCAGGCCAGCUGUCGCAUCUUAUGUUUCACUGGCGUUUGGUCGUUAUGUGGUGGAGCCCAUCUUUGCCCCAUGCACAGCACCAACAGUACUGGUUGCGCUGGUUAGCAUCCUGGGAGUCACCUUCGUGGUAGCGGUGAACUGCUGGAGUGUGACUCUGGCUUCUCGAACACAGGUCACACUGACCAUCAUCAAGACGUUCGCGCUGAUACUCAUCAUCAUUCCAGGGAUCAGAGCACUUGCACAAGGACAGACAGAGCACUUCCAGGGCGCAUUUGAUUCGGACACUCUUGACCUAACCAAACUGCCUCUGGCAUUUUACUCAGGGUUAUAUGCUUAUGGUGGAUGGUUUUACUUAAACUAUGUCACAGAAGAAGUGAUAAACCCAAACAGAAACAUCCCAUUGGCAAUCAUCCUGUCAAUGGUGACAGUGACGGUGUGUUACGUGCUGGUCAACGUUGCUUACUAUACAGUGAUGUCUGCAGACGAUUUGCUCAUGUCUGAUGCUGUGGCUUUGACUUUUGCCAACCGUGCCCUCAAGGGCCUGUCCUCGUUGAUACCUAUCCUGGUGUCGGCCUCCUGCCUUGGGGCUCUAAAUGGUGGAUUCUUUGGAGUGCCAAGGAUGCUGUUUGUGGGGGCAAGGGAGGGCCACUGGCCAGCUCUCUUCUCCAUGAUCCACAUCCGCAGACAGACGCCACUACCAGCUGUGCUGCUCCUGUAUCCAAUGGUGGUGGUCAUGUUGGGAAGAGGGGACAUCUACCAGCUUAUCAAUUUUGCCUCCUUCUCCCGCUGGCUCUUUAUUGCCAUGGCAACCCUUGGGAUGCUCAUUCAUCGAUACCGUUUCCCCGAGUAUCCAAGGCCCUUCAAGGUGCCUUGGGUUAUCGCAGUUAUUUUUACUGUGGUGUGCUUCUUCAUCGUGGGCCUGUCUCUGUACUCUGACCCCUGGAACACUGGGGGAAGCUGCGCCCUCACCCUGUCUGGAGUGCCUGUGUAUUACCUGACUGUGAAGCGCCAGCACCUUCCACAUCGCUUGAGGCGUGCUUUCAACUACAUCAGUAGGCAGCUCCAAAUCCUCUUGGAGGUGGCGCAGCAGGAGGUCCCAACUUACUGAGGGCGUUUGCUGGUUCUGGAUGUGGGAGUCAGUCAGUGAAGACCAAUGGAGCAUCAGAUAUCAAAGAUCACGUCUCACCUGAAAGUGUCCAGCUUGUGCUCAUGGCUGAGGCCAAUGCCAAUAUAGUUACACAUCAUAGAGCACCACCCUAGUUUUCAUUUUAGAAAAUGCAACAAAAUUCUUUUUAUUAAAAAAAAGAGGAAAAAGAA